AUGACUGUCCUGGCACAUUAUAUCUUGUAUUUUUUAUCUUGUAUUAUACUCGCCAAAUUUAUCGUCUGUUCACCUUCAUCCAUCGACAGAAUCGCAACGACACAAACUUUUGAAAUUAACUCCACUAUUAAGUAUGAGUUUAUUUAUACCAAAGCUGUGGAUGAUAAACCAACUCUCUUGUUUCUCCACGGCUUCCCGUCAUCGUUUCAUUCAUGGCGUCAUCAAACUAAAUAUUUUUCAGAGCAAGGUUACGGAUGUCUAGUACCCAACUUAAUGGGCUACGGUAAAACCUAUUCUCCAUUGAACGAAAAUGAAUACAACAGCAAAUCAAUGAUCGAACAUCUGAUUGCUCUUCUCGGCCAUGUGGGGUUGGGUAAUUCCAAAGUCUUCGUCAUUGGACAUGACUGGGGAGCGCGAACGGCAAGCCGAUUUGUGUUGUACCAUCCCGAGAAAACAUUAGGCGCUGUGCUCCUCAGCGUUGCAUAUAGCCCACCGAUAAAAUUCAACCUGACCUUGGCUCUUCAGCAGUCAUUGCAAAAUAAUGGCUAUGAAAGUAUUGGUUACUGGGAAUUCUUCGAGGCCAACGAUGCAGCACGGAUUAUUGAGCAAAAUCUGGAUAGUUUUAUCGACCUUAUCUUCGCAAGUAAUUCGACACUCGCAAAGACGGAUUUUGCUCCGGUUGGUAAGGUACGACAAUGGCUAAUCAAUGGAAACCGAACUAAUCGGUCUUCGUACAUGACAAAAGAAGACUACGACACAGUUCACGAUUAUCUCGCCGGAGGAAUGCAACCAAAAUUGAAUUGGUUCAAAGCAGUAAUUGCGAACGUCGAUUGGGAGUAUGAAAAGACUCUUAAUGCAUCAGUGCAACGACCUGUGCUAUUUAUUGAAGGCACCAAAGAUUAUAUUGGUAUUAUUGGUGCCGCUGAAAGACAAAAGGACUACAUCGCUGACUUGGAAAUAAUUAAAGUGGACACUGGUCAUUGGGCUGAAGCUCAAUUUCGUGUUCUAAAAGGUCAAAAGAAAAUAGACAAGACCAUCAUCGACAGUCAAGAACAAGCUUUUUGGCGUGUUAUGCGUCCUUCGAAAUGCACGGACAUUCGGAAUGAACUUUACACUUAUCGACUGAUGAAACGUGAUGACGCAUUAAGAUGUCAUGUCCUCAACGACUAUGAUCCAUUCUUGGGCCAUGGUCCACCUUCAAGUCCUUGGCUCUUGUCGGAUACUGACCGAUGGGAUCUCAUGCAGCCACUGUACACUCCCAGGUCCAAGAAAACGGCACCGUUAACGGUAAGUUAACGUGCCGUAAACGGACCGUUUUCAGAACCUAAAACUCGUAACGUUUUAGGAUCUUAAAUAAAUCGUUUUU